AUGAUUGCAGCUGCGAGUGAGAAGGAGUACCCUACCAAGUCCGGCAUCAAACCCUGGGUGGACCCCGCGACGCCAGCCAACGCGCAGCAAGUCACGACGUCGCGAGGCGAGACCUGGGAGCUGGUCAUGAGCGACGAGUUCAACGCUGCAAACCGCAGCUUCCGGCCGGGAGAGGACCAUCUUUGGACGUCGAUUGAGAAGCCCGACGGCGUGAAUGGAGCUCUGGAAGUCUACUCGCACAAUAUGACCUCCACCAAGUGCGACGACGACGGCACGUGCUACUUCUACAUCGAGGCCGUGGACGAAGUUUCCAAACUCACCGUCUACAAUGCGUAUCUGACUCCGCCGCGGUAUCAAAACGUGACGUUCUACUACAGAGCAGGCAUGGUGCAGUCCUGGAACAAAUUCUGCUACCAGGGCGGGCUCAUUGAAGUAAGGGCCCGACUACCAGGCGCGGUCUCGAAACAAUCUGGGAACCCCGACAUCUCGCUCGGUAAGUCGGGCCGCGUUGCCAGCGCCAGCUACUACCCGACGUGGCCCGGAAUCUGGAUGAUGGGGAACCUUGGUAGAGCGAUCUUCUCGGCGUCCACGAGUCGCAUGUGGCCAUUCUCCUACAACAAGUGCGAGCCCGAGAUCUUCGACCCCAGUAACCAGCGCAUCAGCGCGUGCGAUGACGAUCCAGGCUACGGUCUCAACAAGAACCAGGGCCGCGGAGCUCCGGAGAUCGAUAUUCUCGAAGGAGGUGGCGUGGCCAUCUCGUCGUCGCUGCAGAUUGCGCCUGGGAUGCCGAGCGACUUCAGACUCUUCCCCGCGGACGCCAACGGAGCUGAUGUCACCAACCCGUACUGCGUGUACAAGUACGAGUGCAAGACGCCCGGCGCCAACUUAAUCGACGUCCCCACUGCAUACUACGAGAAGAAGCGCGGCCAUAAAUCUUGGUACCAGGGGCUACGCUACGCAGCGAAUAACUUUUGCGAACCUUCAGACGAUGAAAUCCAAGACGUUGACACUAUCAAAGCGUCGCUCGAAGCUGGAAUCACGGAGAACACGUGCAGUGUCGACACGUGUCCCGCCUCCAGCGAUGCUAACAGUGACCUAGGGCUGAUCGACGGCGUCGGGCCGGACUAUUGGGGCAUCAACAGCAAUGGAACAUGCUUCCCGAUUAUGAAUUCGUACAUGGGGGCCUACCUGUGCGACCCGGACAACACGGAUGAGCUGUGCCCCGAGCCUCGCAACUCCACGAACCCGAAAACCAACAUCAUGGACCCGUUCGGCUACCAAAUGGACGCCAUCUCAGCGAAUUGGCCCGUGCACCUCGGCGCUUACACGGAUUACUUCGUCUACCAAGUCGAAUGGAUUACAGGCACGAACGGCUACGUGCGCUGGAUGGGCGCGGGCCAGCCCCUGUUCGAGGUCACGGCCGAGGCGUUCUCCGUCGUCCCUCAAAACGCCAACAAGACUAAUCCGCAGAAACUCAUGCUGGAGGAGCCCAUGUCUAUCGUGAUGAACGUCGCUCUCUCCAAGUCCUGGGGAGCGACGCCUCCCAAUCCUGGUAGCGAGUGCCGCGGAGACGGAGCCAACGAGACCGUUAACAAAAUCUGUGACGACUUCCCAAUGUACCUGAAGAUCGACUACAUUCGACUGUACCAAGACCCGAAGGGGAAUCGCGGCGACGACGACUACAUGCAACUAGGCUGCGAUCCUAAGAGCCACCCGACCAGAGAGUGGAUUGAAGGGCAUUUAGACGAGUACGAGGACAGCGACAAUCCCUGGACAGAGGCUACGGGUAAAGCCUUCUGCGAGAGUGACGGCGACUGUACUAUCAGCAACAACGGGACGCAGAAGCUCGUCACGGGCAAGUGUGUCAAGUCCCGCUGCAUUUGCUCCCACCCAGACUCCUGGGGCGGCCCUCGCUGCACUCUCGCAUUGGCUGAAGACAGCAGUAGCUCCAGUAUCUCCGUCACUCAGCGCACGUACGGCCCUCCCAUGGCGAUCUCACUCAGUGUGGCGAUUGUCACUCUUCUGUCUACUGUCAUCGCUGUCUGGAUGUCCGUGAGGACGUUGAAGAAGCAGGCCGAGGAAGCGAUUCUGGCGGCGGAGAGGAAGAAGCUGGAGCAAGUGAGACCGUCCUUCCCAACAACGCGCGUGAAUCUGUCGAUUGAUGAAUACGAUACACCACAGCCAAAGGACAACUACAGCCAGAAUUUUCUCUAA